CCAUUUGGAACAAAAUGAUGGUCGGGUUGGUCACGCAAAUGGUGUGCUGCCCCCGCCCUCACCCAACCACCGACUUAUUCUUGAUGACGGAGAAGCGAGCGAAGGUGAUGCGAUGCCCAUGAUUUCAUUGUUUGACCGGAAUUCUAAAAUGUAGGCGUGGCUUGAUGCUCUCAGUACUUGAGCUUUAGUGUACCUGCUUUAAACAAUGGUUGUGAUAUAUUGAGAGGACUGAAAACGUUGGGGAUAGAAAUCAGAGCCUGGAACAUGAACGAGGAACUGGGCACAUCGCGAAGAUCCCAUGGUCCCAGCAGAAAGCAGAAAAGCAAAUUAUUAUUGUUGUUGUUGUUGUUGUUAUUCUUAUUAUUGUUACUAAAAAGAAAAAGUUUGAAGGAGCUGGGCGCAUGGAAGAUUGGAGAUUGAAAAUCAGGGAGCUAGAACAAUAAGUACCGCUGCUUUAGGUCAAUUUUCAAUCACCGAAUGUUGAGUACACCGAACGCUGUUGGAUAGUUAAGUGGGCAUUUGUCAUGAAGAGAAAAAAAAAUCUACUUACCAGAUUGCCAAAGGACGCCGUCGGUUAGUAUAUAAUCAGGACGAAAAUGCAUUUCAUUAUGAAAGGUUGGACAAGGUUGGGGGGAUUCGAGUUCCAGUAGGGAAAGCGACCUCUAAUCUUUCUUUGUCUAGUAGACAAGAAGAAAAAACACCCUCUUGCACGAAGCGUUGCUCUCGUGUACUCGCACAACUCGUUGUCCAGUUCCUCGUUUGAAAGGGCACCACCACAUCAGGGGCUGCGCCAAGGUAUCCUGAGCGCUCAACGUCCAGCGGACUGGACAAGCAAUCUGCACCCCAUGCGCUGCAGCAGAGACCGUGUGAAAUAGACGCCGGGGGCGGUAGAAGUGAAACGAGAGAAGGCAGAGGUAACUUUCAGGGAGCGGUAGACAAGAAUGCGGACAAGUAUUGGCUGGUACCACAGCACAAGAGUACAGGAUUGGAGUGGGGCAAUGUCAGAGACAGAGGGGCGGUCUGUUCUGGUUGGUUCCAUGAGUGAUACAGCCUCCAAUCCGGUACUGCUCUCCCCUUGAGCUCAGGCCUUGAGCAAGCGCCGGCCUAGUCGAGCAGACGAUCACUGCAGGUGGCUGACUGCAUUGCGGACCGUAGCUGAGCGGACCCAGUAGCCGGGCAGUUGGAAUGGGAAAUUCUGGCCGAUUGGCAUUGUGAAGGGUCCUCGGUUGAAUGUUGUUGGUGGGAUUGUAGCGUGCAGCUAAGGUCCAUGCAUGUUUUGUACUAGAAAGAGAGGGCGAGAAAGAGAGGGCGAGAAAGAGAGAGAGUGAGAGUCCACUAGAGACUGACACUGUUUGAGGAGAGGAAAGCCUGGAUGAAGUGAUGAGAGAAAGAUCUUGGGAUAAGAAGCUGGACAACGCGACGCAGGCAGACACAUGCAUCGAUUGCGUAUUGAGAGGAGGGGGACGUGAGCGGAAGGGGAAGGACGGCGGGGUAGCUUGGUUAUGGCUGGUUAUGGCCUGCGGGAUGAUUUCAAAGUGUCUCCACGGGAGUUGUGAUUACAUUAUCCGUUUCUGCUGUUUGGUUAUGAUGUGUGUGGCAAUUUGAGCGAGGUUUGAUCACGACGAUACAACACUAUUUGUCUUGCCACAUUCCAGUCCAUUCGGAGCAACUCCAGUCUCAUGGUUUUGAACAACCAUUAGGAGCUGCAGGUUUUCUGAGACGAGAGGGUUCGUCGGAACAAUUUCUGAGGAUGAUUGGAACACUCAGGCGAAUAAUUUCCAGGAUGACGUGAUCACUUUUUCCUGAGUGACGUAAUUUGAAAAGAGCUUUGGAAUCUGCUCAGCAUGAUUUACUCCUUGCAAUAGCAGCCCCAGGAACAGAUUGUGCCUGCUGCUUCGCCCUCACUGUCCAAGAUAGCCAGGCCGUUUCAUGCAGAGAAUCCAUGAUGACCUCCGAUAGGUACUGCGCAUGCGUUCUUUCUUUUAAGUGAUUGAUUAUAGUGAUCUGCAGCUGUUGUUGCAGCUAUUCCGUCGCCAAACGUGAACCAGCUGGUGUGAGAGCUUCGUGAAACAACUUGAAGAAUGCGAACUCUCAGGUUUCAGAUUUUGUUUCUUCUUCUCACAAUGGUUUCUCGUCUGGCCGUCGCCGGCCGCUUCAUACCUGGUCCACCAUUGACUGCAAGCUCCACAGCUACACCCCAAGUCGAGUUAACUUGGGAUCCAAAAUCUGAGGAAGAAAUGGAAAUUGCAGAAGUGAUCUGGAAUCGUGACCGUCAAUAUCAGGAUUUGAGUCCAUGGUCUUCUCAAAGAGCCAAUAUUCGUCACGGUAACGUCAAGGUCGUCGGCAGAGACCGUUCAAUCUUCGGCCACCGGAUUUUGCUGGGUUCAGCUCCCCCGUCUUGCCAAGGGAAGUGUGGAGUGUGUGUUCCCUGCAGCCCAAUCCACGUUUCCCUCGGCGGUCCGCAUGGGUCAAUCACGCAGCAAGAGUAUUAUCCCGAGGUCUGGAGAUGCAAAUGCGGCAACCAUUUUUUCAUGCCUUAGAGCCAGUCGCCAUCUGCAUGCGGCCCUGUAAUUCCAGUUCAUUGUAACCUGAAGAGCAGCUUUUUCAAAGUAAUUUGCUCAUCCGAAACACCACGUUUAGCCUUAAAAAACGAUGUAGACAUUGAGAGAUUUGUACAGUAUUGAGUUCGAUCCGGUAUGUAAAGUAAAGGAGUUGAGAUUGAAUACGAAAGAUGUGCUGGGGCACAGCUGAUGCAAGGAUUGCUUGGGUUUCAGGGAUAGAUUGGCUCAUGGUUCUCACCAUGCUCAUCAAGUUCCGGAUAGAGAUACUAUGUAUAUUCAGGUCGUUUGGUUGGGUACAGCAUCGAUGCGGCAAUGCCUAAAAUUGGGCCUGUCAAUGUUGUGAACAAAACUCCCACCUCAUAGUUAACGGUACGAGCCACAAUUUUUUUUCUUUCA